AAUCAGACGGCGAGCCUCUUCGGAAAUACGAAUAACAAUGCGCAGACCAGUCAACCUGCGAACACCUCGAGUCUCUUUGGCGGCGGAAACAAUGCCCAGUCAAACACGACUGGAAACGCCUCGAAUUUGUUCGGCGGCACAAGCAAUACACAGUCAAACACUACGCAACCCGCAGGCGGGACGAGUCUCUUUGGCAACAAUCAGCCCAGCCUUCUCUUUGGCGCAUCAUCUUCUACACGACCUGCACAGCAGACACCUUCGUUACUCGGUGCGACCCAGCACGCGCAAAUGUCCCAGCCCGGCCCUUUUGGUCGACUCGGCAUGGGACAGACAGCCGGCGCACAGCCGCAAGCGGCAUCGCAAGUCACUGUCGACAACCUGCGGCCAACCACACGAUUCGAGGAUUGCGCAGACAAUGUCAGACAAGAGCUAGAAGAGAUCGACAAGAUGAUCAGGAAACAAGAAGAGUUUGCCAGACAGAUCGAGGCAUUCCUUCCAAAGCACGAGGCGAAUCUGAACUCUUUGCAGCCGGAUAUCGAGUUGAUCAGGGACAAGACUGAGGAUGUCGAGCAGGCGCUCGCUUCGGGUGCUCGAGGUGUCGAUGCACAACGUCAGCUGACCGAGAAAGACAAGAUGGAUUUCCAGCGAAUCGAGCGCGUAGCAACGAAUUUGUCGCUGCCACAAGGUUAUCAGUACCCCAACUCGAGCUUGAGUGGAUUUGGCGGCAUUUAUGCUUCUCAGCAACGGCUACAGCAGCCACAGACAGCACCCGAAGGCGAGGAUCCAAGCAACUACGACACCGAUCUGGUCGGCAACUACUUCAUGCCGAUGGCUUCUGAACUGCAAAAGACGAUGGCAAAUUACGCAGGCACGCUUUCAGAAAUCGAGGCCCAUCUGCGUGUUAUCGAAGACUCGACGGUCAUGCAAGCCCAGCGACUGGCACAACAGGGAGCUGGUAUGGGCGAUCAGAGCUCCGGCGAGGACAGCGUCCGCAUGAUUGCAUCUACUCUGCGUAUUUUCGAAGAGGGAAUUUUGCAGGUCGCAGGCCAGGUCGGAGAGUGCAGAGAAGGUGUUACUCAGCUCGUGCUU